AUGACAGCACGAACACCACCAGCGGUCGCUUCGAGCGCGAGUAGACGAACAGAAUCGAUACCGUCGUCGACUGCCGGUACAGCCACGUCUGGAGCCAAAACGAUUGCUACAGCGCGACCCGCAGGCCAAGCGGACAAUUCCGUAGUCGACAUACUGCACCUCCUCGCGGAUGACGCCGAGCUCACACCGGAGGUAUGCGAGCUCGUACUAGCUGCGCUUGAAGCUGACGCCAAAUCAGCAGACCAAACGCCAGCCUUAGCCCUCUUUGUCAAGAAGCUCGGCAAUGCGUCUGGCCUCGUUCUUGAAGGCGACGAGUGGACACGGCUCUGGAAAAUAUGCCAGCGCACGAUCGACCAGCCGAUGCAGACGCCCGAGUUGGUGUCUAUGAUGCUCGGCACAGUCGCAGACCUGCGCGGAGCGCUUUCGAGGAGCGGUGUUCUGGACGCGGAGAGGUCGACCUCGAUCUUGGACUAUGUCAAGCGUCACUGCGCCGACUCUGACGAGGCGAUCCGCGCUGCAGGCGUGCGCGUGCUCGGCUUGCUCGUGCUUCCGGCGGACAGCGCUCACAUCGACACGCAUCAACAGCAGAUCUGCGAUGUCCUGGACGAUGUGCUGUGGGGCAACCCGGACAAGGUCAGCGGUGGAGCCUUGCACGACAGCUCGAGCCUCGUCCGCCAACGCGCAUCAUGGGCCUUCUCGAAUGCGAUGGAAGCACGACUUCGCGCGAAAGCUCCUCUCAUCGAGGCAGACUGGACGAAGUAUGCUCGCUACUGCUUGGCAGCUGCCAAGGACAUUGAAGGCGUGGCCGUCUCCGCGUACCGCACCUCUGGGACCCUUUUGGCGCUGCUGGACCUUGCAUUUGCAUCGAAGGAAGGUUGCUUCUCGCUAGGACGAUCGCUGUUGGAGCAGCUCUGUAGGGUGUUGGGCACGACGUCGAAGCCGCCCAAGUCAAAGUGGAACGCUGCCUCUGCACUUGACCGUGCGUUGGCCUCCAGCGUCGUCAUGACGCAUUCCCUCGGAUCCUCUGCUUCUGCAGAUGGACUUGUCGACAAAAUCGUCGAUUCGCUGUGUGGUAGCUUGACCGCAAAGGUGUUCAAGAUCCGGGUCAGCGCAGCCAAUGCUCUGGUCUCGCUCUGUCUUGAUGCGGACAAGACUCCAUCGCAGACUUCCAGCAGCCUUCGCCUCGAAAUGCUGGGCGAGCAGCGCGCCAGAAAGAUCCGAACCGUCGCGAUGGCUAGACUGGCUGAGCUUGGAGAGCCAGCGACAUCCAAAGAGGCUGCGCUGUACGUCGAUGAGCUGAAACGUCUGCUCGGCACUGUUGUUGACACCAUUCCAGUCUAG